CCUCCAUAUUUUCCAUCCAUACACCAUUUACUUGGAAGUCUCAACUUGAUGUUUCCCUCAACUGCCUUUGAAAUUUCAUCUCCCUUCUAUAGCUAGAGAAGUGAAUCUGAGGGAUUCAGAGAGAUGGAGAGCAAAGAUUAUGUUCCUUUCUUUGACACAAAGCCGGCCAAGGGACGUGUCUUGUUCAGGUUAUAUGCAGCUUCAAUGUUUGUGGCCAUCUGCAUGGUCUUUGCUUAUAGAGUGAGUUACUUUCCCAGUAGCCUGGAAGGACAACUAGUUGAAAGAUGGGCUUGGAGUGGAAUGUUUCUUGCUGAGUUGUGGUUCAGUUGGUAUUGGUUUCUUAUUCUUGUUAAUAGAUGGAACACUAUCUAUCGCUACCCUUUCAAAGACAGACUAUCUCUCAGGUACGAGGAGAAAGAUUUGCCCGGCAUAGACAUAUUUGUGUGCACGGCAGAUCCUGUGAUAGAGCCACCAACAAUGGUGAUUAACACAGUUUUAUCAGUCAUGGCUUAUGAUUAUCCACAGAAGAAGCUAAGUGUUUAUUUAUCGGAUGAUGGGUGUUCAUCUUUAACGUUUUAUGCCAUGCUAGAGGCGUCUCGUUUUGCAAAGGAAUGGAUACCAUUUUGCAAGAAAUUUAAUGCAGAACCCAGGUCGCCUGAGGCUUAUUUUCUGUCAACAGUUGAGCCACUUGAUGAUCCACUCAUGGCCAAACAGUGGCAGUCAAUAAAGAAAUUAUAUGAAGAUAUGAACGAGCGGAUUGAAACUGCUACAAAGCUUGGACGACUCUCAGAAGACAUACGUAAAGAACACAAGGGCUUUCGUGAAUGGAACUCCAAUCCAAGUCGUCGCGAUCACCAGACCAUUCUACAAAUACUAAUUGAUGGGAGAGAUCCUACAGCUGUGGAUAUGGAAGGACAACGUUUGCCUAAACUGGUGUACUUGGCGCGCGAGAAGAGACCUCAGUUUCACCAUAAUUUUAAAGCUGGAGCCAUGAAUGCCCUCAUAAGGGUGUCAUCCAGGAUAAGCAAUAGUCCGAUUAUUCUGAAUGUGGAUUGCGACAUGCAUUCAAAUAACUCUGCGGCUGUGAGGGAUGCCCUUUGCUUUCUUAUGGAUGAAAAGCAGAGCCAUAAUGUGGCUUAUGUCCAGUUUCCGCAGAGUUUCAGUAACCCCACAAAGAAUGACCUUUAUGGUAGUUCCCUGAUGGUAAUAAUGGAGGUGGAGAUUCCAGGAUUUGAUUCCUAUGGAGGGCCUUGCUACAUUGGUACUGGGUGCUUUCACAGGAGAGACACUCUCUGUGGGAAGAAAUAUAGCCAAGAUUGUAAGUCGACAGACUGGAUCAAAACGGUGAGCAAGAAUGAUAGAAAAGUUGAAGAAAGCGCAGCUGUACUUGAAGAAACAUGUAAAGUACUUGCAAGCUGUUGCUAUGAGGAGAAUACUCUAUGGGGAAAGGAGAUGGGUUUGCUGUGUGGCUGUCCAGUGGAAGAUAUAAUGACCGGAUUAGCUAUACAAUGUAGAGGAUGGAGAUCCAUAUAUUAUAAUCCAGAAAGGAAGGCUUUCUUAGGACUUACUCCCACAACACUUGACCAGUCACUACUGCAACAUAAGAGAUGGUCUGAAGGUGAUCUUCAGAUCCUAUUUUCAAGCUACUGUCCUUUCCUCCAUGGACGAGGAAACAUCCCACUCAAACUUCAACUUUCAUACUGCAUCUACUUGAUGUGGGCUAUAAAUAGCUUGCCUACUCUCUGCUAUGUUUUUGUGCCAUCCAUUUGCCUCCUUAGAGGCAUCGCCUUGUUUCCCCAGAUUUCAAGUCCAUGGGUUAUGGCAUUCGCAUACGCAAUGUUGGCCAACCGCGCAUACAGCUUAGGAGAGUUUAUAUGGGUUGGAGGCACAUUCAAAGGCUGGUGGAAUGAUCAAAGAAUGUGGAUGUUCAAAAGAACGACUUCAUACUUCUUUGGUUUCGCUGAUAACAUAAUGAGGCUUCUAGGAUUUACAAAGACUGCCUUUGUGAUCACAGCCAAGGUAGCUGAUGAGGACACAACCAAGAGAUUUGAGCAAGAGACAAUGGAGUUUGGUGCUUCUUCACCAAUGUUCACCAUUUUAGCAACAAUUGCAUUGCUCAACCUGUUUACUGUACUUGGGGGACUAAGGAUGGCAAUUUUAGAUGGACAAAAUAAGGCUUUAGACCGAUUUACUGUGCAGAUGCUUCUAAGUGGGCUUGUGGUAUUGAUUAACCUUCCAUUAUACCAAGGACUCUUCCGAAAUGACAAUGGAAGCAUGCCUCCUUCAGUAACAUUUCGGUCUAUUCUUGUCACUCUAUUGAUAUGCACAAUAGCUGCAUUUUAAGUAUGUACUAAAGUGCCACCGCCAGAUGCAGAGCAAGUUUGAGAACAGGAAGCUGUUUGCUGCAUCUGCAAAGGCAUUUUAAAAUUUAAUAAUUCAAUGUUAAGAAUAAAUAAAACUAUAUUACUGUUUCAUAA